AUGGCUCCGGGAUUAGUUCGGAAUCCAAAACCAAGAAUGAUACCAAAUAAUUCUCGGCAGAGUCUCAAAGAACACCUGACAAAGAUGACAAAGAUAGGAGGUUUAGCAAAGAGUAACACCCGACAAUCUGAGAAAACCGAUAUGGCAUCAGACAAAGUGAACAAGGGAUUGCCAAUAACUGAUGGCUCGUCUAUACGAAGCGAAAAUGCGAAUCCGACGUUCGAGGGAAACAUGGCAACUAUUCAACCUCAGCCUCAGCCUCCUCAAACUCAGCAAAAGGAGAGUACUCUUAUGCCAGAAGUUUAG